UUCGACAAUUUUUGGGUAUAAAAGUUUGACGUUUGGAGCUCUGUGGAUAUCAGUUACUUGCCACUUUCUGUUUGGAAAUAGCUAAAAAAAAUGAAAUUCUUCUUUGCCUUCGCUUUGAUUGUUGCUGCUUUGGCCUGCGCCAAUGCAGAUUGCAAUUCUGAUGGAAAUGGACAACCUGACUGCGUUGGUGCAAGAGCUGGUCAGAAAUACCGUAACUUCUGGGAUCCUACACAUUACUGGUCUUGCGCAUCAGAUGGUGCUGAAGCAGAUAAUGUUGAAUGUCCUAUUGCUACUGGAUUCUUAGAUUCAGUAGGUGAGUGUGUCAGCUGGGACCAAUGGGUAUGGACUCCACCAUGCCCAGACACCGAUAGCGAAACCAGUUAAAUUUCUGUGCAAAAUGUAAACAAUUUAAAGGCAAUAAUAAAACAGUGAAAUAAUAUAUUAAAAAAAUA